AUGCUGUAUGGCACGGAAACAGCAAGCAUGAGAAAAACAGAGGAGAAGAAGAUGGAUGUGGCAGAAAUGAGAAUGCUUAGGUGGAUGUCUACGGUGAUAAGAGAAGACAGGACCAGAAAUGACUACAUAAAGGGGUCAACUAAGGUGGUGGAAGUAUCAAAGAAAGUGCAAGAGGGAAGGUUGAGAUGGUAUGGACACCUGUUGAGGAGAGAUGAGGACCCCACUAGGAGACAUACUAUGGUGAUGGAGGGUCAAGGAAGAGUAAGAAGAGGAAGACCAAGAAAGAGAUGGAAGGACUGUGUGAGAGGAGACUUACAUGAGAAGGGAAAUGAUGAGGCAGAAGCAUAG